AUGUGUUUCUGCUGCUAUCGCUUAGGAGAGGCCCUGGUGGAGCUAUUAAGGGGCCUUGCUGCUGCUGCUGCUGCAGCGAAGCAGCAACGGCAGCAGCAGAAUGAAAAGCAGCAAGGAACGAAGCGACAGCUGGACGAGCAGCAGCAGCAGCAACCGCAGCAGCAACAGCAGCAGCAGCAGCAGCAGCAACAGCAGCAGCAGCAGCAGCAGCAGCGGGAAGAUGCAGCUCUUGAUGAUCAGCAAAACCCAAAACAAACUCCAGCUGUGACGAGAGAUGAUGGGCUGCAGCGUUUGCUGCUGCUGCUGGUGGUGACCCUUCAGAACCUAUGCAGAGAGGAGCAGUAA